CAAUUAAAUAAAAAUUCCAUCUUCCUGUUAAAACUAAAGGCUGGAUUCCAACAGGAAUAACCCUUCCCUUGCACAGUUCUGGGAAAGUUCCCAGGUUUUCCAGAAACCUACGUAUAGAUGCUAGGAUUCUUUUGAAAAUUCACAAGGAAUCCUAGUAAAGUAUCAACCUUGACUUUCUGGCCACUUCACUAUGCAAAAUAAAGCCAUAUGGGUGAAGUAUAACAGUUCAACAUUUUUCAGGAACUAAUAUGAACGACAAAGGAUUAGAAAUUAAUUAGUUCAAUAACCAUGUCUCUGCUGAUAAUAUAUAAACUCAUGGGUGGUCACUGUAGAGUUCACUGGAAAGGGCAAUGCAUUCUCGGAAAUAAUCUUAAAGGUGUGACUUAGUAUAUCACACAAUUGUUUUAAACUUAUUCAACUCAAAUUUGGACCCUGUUAAUUGGUUUGAGUAAUAACUACAAAACAAUUCCCCAAAUGUUUUUGGGGACAAUGGGGUUUACAGUGUAGGCACAAUGCAACACAGAGUGCCUGGAUACAGCCCCAUGGUAUAUUGGCAGGGUACCAUACCCCAGAAGCCCCUUGUUGCUGAGGUAUUCACAGAUACCUAGUCAGCCUGCUAAUUUUGUGUUAUAAAUCUUAAAAAAACAAAAGGACACAUAAUUUUUUUGAACAGGAUCUUAAACUAUUUCAUACUUGCAGUGUAAUUAAACUUAAAUAUUGACACUGCCUUUCAACAUUUAAAUGACAGUGACCCAGGAGUCAGAGUUGACAGUCUCACCUGAUGGAAUAACAAAGGCCCUGUUAAUUUUCAACCCUGUUUGUCAAAGGCAGGUCUGGAUCAUGUAAAGCCCAAAUACGUAAGCCACAGAGUGUAUAAUGUGUAAAUACUGCCUACAAUAAAAACAUUAGAAGUAGAAAAAUUGGCUGCUAAAAUACAACCAACCACACAGGUAUCAUAUUUCAGUGUACGGUAGUUACUGUGUUGAUUUCUAAAGUGGUUUUGAAGACCUGGGCCUGUCAUUCUCCACUGUUUGGAGACGGAAUACUUCUGUUGUCUCCACCAAGGUGUUUCUAUUCUGUUUGUUGAUCCAGAGGUAUCAAUUUGUUUUUUCAUUGGUGUGGGACAUGUGAUCAUGUUUGUGCAGAAAUCCCCUCCUUCAAAAUAUAUGUCAGGGAUUCGGGAUUUCAAAAACAUGGAUCGGAUAGUUAGAAUGGCUUGUUCCCCUUCAGUGUUUCAUCUGCUUGGGCGGACCUUCAAGUGAUUUUGGAAAACAGCUUUGUUUGCUGUGCUGUUACUGCAGAGAUGGGAGAGGAGAGGGAGAAUGGCGCUAAAGACAAUAAGAUGGAAACUACAGUUUCCUUUGGAUGGUGAGAACCUUUCGACACAUCUACCCAGAAUGAUCAAUUCUGGUUCCACUGCUUUCCGACCCUCAAGGUCAUCAGAUGUGAUUGGCCAGAGGCCCGGUUCUAUAACUAGCUAAGUGCUGGAUGCUAAAGAGGUCUGUUCUUUCUGUGAUAUUAGCUGUAAGUUUUAGCACCAAACCACCCGUACAGACUUUCUGGCCUGCAAAGUUUCCGCACCCAACCACAGCCCAACACAAAUCCCUCCCUCAUUUCCCUUCCACCAGAAAUCACUCACAUCUGCUUUCUUUGAGGAAGGCCAGGCAUCUGAAAAUGAGCAGUUCUUAAUGGUUAUUCUAUGCAUUACGUUAACUAUCCCUGAGACACAAAACAACUCCGACACCCAAUACACUACAGUGUGUAGUGUACAUAAACUUGUAUACCAACCUCGGGUGAAUAAAAGUCAUUUGAAAAAGUUAAACCCCUAGAAAGUUGUCUCUUUUACAUCCCAAGAGCUGACUGAAAGGUGCUCUUAGAAGUAUCUUAAGAACACCUGGGUAACAUCAAGGGAUCUCUCUUGCCAUAAUCAGUGUCCAUGUCAAGUAUCAGAAAGAGACUGCACGAACAUGGCCUACAUGGGAGGUCAGGAAAUAAGAAGCCUCUGCUUUCAAAAACAAAAUCAAGAUAUGAUGGAAGUUUGCCAAACAACAUCUAGGUAAAGACCGAAACUGCCGGAUCAGGGUGCUGUGGACAGAUUAGUUAAAGGUGGAGUUUUUGGCCACAAUUCCAGAUGGCAUAUUUGCUAAAAACACUGCCUUUGGACAGAAAAAAACGUAAUCCAUCUGUAAAGCAUGGAGGUGAUGGCAUUAUGGUUUGGGGCUGAUUUUCUGCCUCCCCAUCUGACCAAGUUGUCAUCAUUGACUCAACCAUGAAUUCCAUAUUGUACUGAGGAGAAUGUGAGGCCAUCUGUCAAAAAGCUGAAACUGAACCAAACAUAGACCUGGCAACAGGACAAGGAUCCAGAACCCAAAAUUAAAGCUAUAACAGAAUGUCUCAAAAAGAAGAAAUGGAGAGCUAUGGAAUUGCCAAGUCAAAGCCCAGAUCUCAAGUUUAUUGACAUACUGUGGGGGGACUUGAAGCAACCCGAGCAUGUCUGUAGUGUUGAAGUGAAGAUAACAACAUAUUCAUAAGUCCAAAUAUGUAGGGAACUUUCCAUCGGGUUUCCUUACUUUUUCACAUGACUGUAUCUUCCUAUUAGGUAGAACUGAAGCUGAUUUCUCCUGAGAUGAAGCAACUAUCCGUCCUCAUGCAGUUCCAGUCCCUUGAAACAAUUAACACUCUGUCCAGGUAUUGGUUGACAGGAAGACAGUUUAUUAAAACAAAGCCCUGUACUGUUCUCUUCCCAGGGCUCUGUUUGCCUCAAACCAAAGGGGGGAUGGGACAGGAUGCAAGCUUGGUGACACCCAGUUGAAUGCAGGAAAAGCCCCCCCACACCCCUCCCCUCUCUGUCGGUAACCCUACCCCAGAUGAAAGGCCCCGGUGCAGGCAGAGUGUGGCGGCCGAUGGCAGGGGUUUGGCCCGAGAUGCUGGGUGAAGCCAUCUGCAGUCAGGGUGAUCUGUCAACACAGCACUCUCAGACUCCACUGGCGCUUUGUUACUCAUUCGCAUCUGUCGGAGCUGUGGGCAGCUGGGUGCCGGCACUAUCUGCGGUGUCUGGCCAGGGAGGGGGAGUGAAAGAACCACGGCUCCCGGAACACAAAUGCCCCUUGCGGGUGGCGCUGCCCCCAGAGAAGCGAGGGGAAGACGCGAACGGGAGCUACGUUCCAUUCAGAGAGCCUAGGAGGAAGAAUAUCAACGUCGAUGUGAGUGGCCUCUGUCCUAUCGACUGUGCACUACCGAUACAAAAGGGUAGAGACUACGGCGUGGUGCAGGAGGGUAAUACUCAACAGGAAUGGAUCUUCACACUGUACGACUUUGACAACAUCGGUAAAGUCAAAACCGAGGAUAUUUCGAGUCUCAUGCAGUCCAUCUUGGAGGUUGUUAAAGUGUCGGCCAAGCAGCCCUCCUGUAGCCACACGGCUCUGAGGGUCAAACUGGUGGUGGACCCUUCCAGCAACCCCGGCCGCAGCUGCCGAAGAGAUCAGAGAAAGGAGGAGGUCCAGCGGGAGGAGGAGGAGGCAGGCAGCCAAGAGAGGACUUUUCACUGUAUGGAUGAAAACACAGAGCGCAGGAACCACUACUUAGACCUGGCCGGGAUAGAGAACUAUUCCUCCAAGUUUGAAGACACGGAUGCUCUCUCUCAGGAGCCUAGAAUGGAAGCCAGUUCAGACCAGCAGCGCCACCCAGUGGUGGUGGGGGAGACUUGCGUCCACACUGAAUCCCGAGGGAGGGGCAUCUCCUUCCUCAGGUCUCUCAGGAGUCAAGUCAAGGCAGUGGGUGGAGAAAGAGGAGGAGCGGGAGGAGGCGGGAGUAAAUCAAGCAAGCUCAAUGGCCACCUCCCCUCCGUGUGUUACCGCCCCCCACAGCCCCAAAUCCCCUUAAAGCACAGCCAAAGCAGGAGGCUCCGCUCCAGGGGCAGAGAGGCCGGAUCCCCUCCCAGAACCCUCCGCCACCUACAGCAGCCGGGUUCUGUAGCUCAGCCAUGGAGAGAGAGGGAGCCGCUGCCCAAUCGGCCCGCCUCUCCUGGAGGAAUGGCCCCCCUGGCUCAGAGGCACGAACACCACCACGAACACCACCACCACCAUCAUCAUCAUCACCACCAUCACCCACCCCCAACAUGAAUACCGCAACUCCACUCAGGGACAAAGAGACUGAGAGAUGUACCCCCCCCCCCCCCCCCGUAUUUUAACCAAUAAUUAGGGCCCAGAGUUAUUCCUGGUCAGAUGGGCCUCCAUGUUGUAUAUAGGGCUAUAGGACAUCAUCACAUGCAGUACUGAAGAAUUCGAGCAACUCUGUGCAGAGGCCGACUGAUGCCUCGUGCUGAUGACGGAGUUUGUGUGUUGGCAGUUGAAUAUUGCUACCCGCCUUCGGAAACUCUCUGGACUGACAUUUGUUCUCAGGUUUUUCUAUAGAACACCACUUCCAUGUAGUCUUAUGAAUGAAUAGCCGCAAAAUGUUAUACAGGUGCAACCAUGUGUUGAAGGAAAUGCAUGGGUUUUGUACUGUCCUGUAUUUUGAUACUGUAUGAAGGUGUAAUUUCGCUUGUGAUUGUUGAUGCCUGUCAACUGAAAAACACACUAUACGUUUUUUCUGGUCGAAACAAUUGAAAUAACUGUUUGUAAGAAGCAAUAAAGUGAUACACAGAGGGUGUCGGGUGUGUUCUCUCCCAUGGGAAAAAAAACCAAAAUUUCUCUUGAAUGUCCUGGGGAAAUAAACUAAUCAGAACACACACAGUUGGCAGCUAAUUACUGUAUAAUGUUUAUCUAGCCAUUAAUAUCACUGAGUUCAGCAUCUGACUCACCACUGCUUUGAUCUUUAUCAGCAUAUUAAUUAAUCUGUCUUUUCCGAGU